UGGUUCGCGGUAUUUCAACGCGCGUGUCUGACUGUUGUCAAUAGUGUUGUCAGUGACGUAUGGUGACAAAACUGAACUAACAAAACUCGGUGUUCGCUGUCACAUGAGCUAGGUGCAUUAGAGCGAAAUUUUGAAUCUAUUCAUCAAUUCCGUCCGAGGUUAGAGUUCGAACCGGCGUUGUUAUUCGUGAAUAAAUUACGCGUAGAAUAUUCUAAUCGAAAUGAUUAGUGCGGCCUGAAGCUGAUGAAACGGAGCUCGACACCAAAGAUCAAAAACCUGGCAGUAGACGGGUGUUCUCCGAAAAUGCUACGGAGGGUCCACGGCCUUGCUAAUCAUCAUUAAAUCAAUCGAUCAAGGUCAGUGACUAUCGAUUGAUCGGCUGAUUUGCGCCCGCGGAGAUCAAACUGGUGCAAAAUGUCGUCGGAAAGCUCGCCCGAGGAGACAUCGAACGCCAUGACGAGGCUUAAUAUCCGCUCGGACAGCGAAGAGGCCGAGGAACAACAAUCCGCCGAUGGUGGGGCAGAGCCGGCGGUUGAGUCGCCUCAGAACAUGCAAUCGUCCGGAGGCAUCGCCUACUCGCGGACGCGCCGGGCCCUCGCGAGGAUUGUUUGCGAAGAGGACCAGCCGUCUACUUCAGUCUCAAUCCCUCAGGUCAGGUGCUCAGAGCCUUCGACCUCCGCCGGUCCCUCUGACAGGUCAGUUCCUCGACGAAGCAGACCACCCAGCAAUUCUGUGAAUUCAUUCCACCUUGAAGCUCGACCACAAGGCAGUGUUGUAUUGGAAUCAGCUUCUCUUCAUCGACCUCCUGUGACUACUUACAACUGGCAGGGAACAAAAACCACAAUGCGCGAGCGAUUUUCUUUCUUGUUUAACAAUGAGAUAUUAUCGGAUGUGUCUUUCCUGGUUGGCCGGGGGGCUCAGCAGCAACGAAUUCCUGCACACAAGCUGGUAUUAGCUGCAGGCAGUGCCGUCUUCGAUGCAAUGUUCAACGGUACCUUGGCCACUUCUGCAUCUGAGAUAGAAGUACCAGAUAUUGAACCAGCUGCAUUUUUGGCUGUUCUGCUCUUCCUAUACACUGAUGAAAUACAAAUUGAUCCGGAGACUGUUAUGACGACCCUCUACACUGCUAAGAAAUACGCCGUCUCACCGCUAGAGAAACACUGUGUUGAUUUUCUCAGGAAUAAUCUAACCAGUGAUAAUGCCUUCCUUUUACUCACGCAGGCUCGAUUAUUCGACGAACCUCAGCUUGCUGCAGUAUGCCUCGACACUAUCGACAAGUUUACCACAGAUGCUUUCAAUGCGGAUGGAUUCACUGAUGUCGAUAUUGAUACACUCAUGGUUGUGCUAGAAAGAGACACCCUUCGCAUCAGGGAAUCCAAGAUUUUUCAUGCCGUUGUUAGGUGGUCAGAGGCAGAGUGUGCUCGGCAGCAGCUUCCAAUCACACCAGAGAAUCAACGCUCUGUUUUGGGCAGAGCGCUGUCAUUAGUUCGAUUUCCUUUGAUGUCAGUGGAGGAGUUUGCCGGUGGUCCUGCACAGUCCGGUCUUCUCACCGAUCGAGAGGUAGUUUCGGUAUUUUUAUACUUUACUGUUAAUCCCAAACCUUCGGUUGGAUUUGAGGCCAUGCCUCGUUGCUGCAUGAUGGGAAAGGAGCAGACGGUAUGCAGAUUUCAACAAACUGAGAAAAGAUGGGGAUACAGUGGGACCAGCGACAGAGUCAGAUUCAGCGUUGAUAGGCGAAUAUUCCUAGUCGGUUAUGGAGUCUACGGAAGUAUUCACGGGCCUGCAGAAUACGAUGUUAAGAUUGAACUGAUACACACAGCUUCAACCAAAGUUAUCGCGACAAAUCAUACCAGCUUCAGUUGCGACGGGUCGAGGUACACCUAUAGGCUCAUGUUCAAAGAGCCGGCGGAAAUUUUGCCCAACACUAUUUAUACAGCCUCUGCGAUGUUUAAGGGGCCAGAUUCUCAUUACGGUUGUAAGGGGCUUCGAAAAGUGGAUGUAGACUGUGGCAAUGGCGACGGUAAAGUAAGGUUCCAAUUCAGCUACGCGGCUGGUAAUAACAACGGUACAUCCGUUGAGGACGGACAGAUACCAGAAUUGAUAUUCUACACGUAAGCUACGAUAAUUAUAAGCGAUUUCUAGCCGAAUCAUCUGCUUGUCAGGGUGAUUUCAUCGAUCUUAUUUAGCAUCGAUGUUUUUUGGUUUUGUCAAGAUAAGCAUUUUCAAUUGCGGGUAUUUAAUUGUUCGAUUGAUUGGAAAAAAGGAAUAAAAUGGUGAACUAACGAAUCCCAGUAUUUCGGGAAGUGUUAAUCGAGUAAGGAUUCCUGGUUUUUCUUAAAUGACACGAGAUCAGUGUAAUAUUUGAUAUUCUGGCGAAAGAAGGGGUAAAAUUUUCAUUUUUUGAAAGACCACUAAUUACAUCCCCACAAAUUAUUCUUCCACUUGAAAACAUUCUUUUUAUUUGUAUGAGUACGUUUGACAUGUGCUUGCAUAUACCUGGAAAUUUGAAUUUUGUUGCGUAUACUGCGUAGAUGCAUACUUUCAAAGAAAAAUCCCCACUUUAUUGAUAUAUUAUUUUUGGACACAUUGCAGCUUGAAUUUCGAUUUGUUUUACCAAUAAAUUUUUGAUAACUAGAGAAAUAAUUGACGCUUCAAGUUAAUAUUUAGAUUGUCCAUUUAUCUUGGCGUGAACGGAGAACAUCCAAGUAUUUAGCCAAAUCGAUAGAGCUGUUAUGAAAUGCAGUCGAUCCAGCUUAGAAUAGCCUUAUCAGCGUUGCUGCCGUAAUUCCACUGCAUUCCUUCGUACAGGAUACGAAGAUUCAACGAAUCUUGAGCAAUCAGCAAAUAUUUCCGCAUGCAGAUCGGUUCCGGAAAUUUUUCCAUGUACUUUUGCAUUGUUUAAGAAGUUUCACGUGUCAGAACUCAUUGCUGAUAAGUUCGUGUAACUUUAGGGAACAAUUCGCAAUAUCAAUAUGUUCUUGUACGUCGUUUUUAAUAUAUGGUAUUUUUAAUUCAGCUUCUUAUGCGUAUGCUGUUAUGGGCAACGUAACGCUAAAUCCCAUUAACAACAAUAAAUUGGCCCGUUGAAAAGCUGAAGGUUGAACAAAGACUGUAAACAGAUAAUCGUAAUAAAUCGUAAUUUAAUAAGACCUGUACAAAAUUUGCAGCAGUCUUGUGCGGUGUUUGCGAAUAGUUUCCAUUUCCUGGCUAGUGAGACUCCUUAAUUGUAGUAUUAUUAACACAUAUUAUGCUUUCUAUGUAUUAUAAAUUAAGUUACCUUAUAUUAUUUCUCAAUUAAUUACGAUCAAUAAAUUGUGUGAAAAAAUUCGCACCAAUUCAGCGUA